CCGUAUGCAGAUAUACUACAACUUAAAAGGAAACAAAUAGUCCAUGAGGGCCGGCAGAGAGAAUCUUGUAUGGUUGAAGGGCGAAAGGAAGCAAAAAACGAGAAAUUCCUAGUCGAGAGGUUAUAAGGUGGAGCCGGUCUAUAAAGCCUACCAAUUACAGACGAUGCACCCCAAUUUGGUACUGAAUUCCGAUACUGCAGCUGUAGCUACGUCGUCCUCCGCCACCCCCACUGCUGCCGAAAAUCAAGUUAUUCCUCCAAUUGCAGUAGAGAUGGAAGGUUCUGGAUUUGACCUGGAAAACAAUGAAGCCGUGUGUGGAGAUAGUGAUGAAGAAGAAGUUGCACUCGUUCGUUCAGGUGGAGAGGUUGUUGAUGUUAACGAGGGACCAGAUGAAGCUCACAUUCUUGAGCUAGAGAAGAAAUUGUUGGAGCAGAUCGUGUACAGUGAAGAAGAAGCAUACAUGCUGUACUGUGAUUAUGCACAGGCCAUGGGUUUUAACGUCCGGAGGGGAAAACAAUAUUAUUUCAUGGGAACCAAAAGGGUGAGAUCAAAGACUUACUGCUGCUCAAAGGAAGGGGCUAAGGACGAAAAAUCAGAUACCAAUGGCGUCAGUUACAAGAAGCCAGAGACGAGGACUGGAUGCCGAGCAAUGAUAUCUUUCGCAUGCGAUGAUAGCAGUCAGUGGAAAGUAUCGAAAUUUGUGAAGGAGCAUAAUCAUGAAAUGGCCCCACCAUACGCGAAGCCCGUGGUGAAGUCUGGCCAAGCUAUUUUGGCUGCAAAUGUUUAUGGAAAUGGAAAUGUUCUCGAGUCUAUGAACGAACAUGAAAAAAUCCGGGAGCUAUCGUUACAGCUGGCAAUUGCAAAAAACAGAGCCGAUACUUUCGAAAGACAAGCUGCUAUAUACAAGAGACAGCUGCAUAUGGUUGUGGGCCACAUCGAGGAGCACAAUCAGUCGUUAUCCAACAAAAUUCAAAAGGUUUUGAACAAUGUGUCUGAGUUGGAGUCCAAAGAUGGAAGGAAAUUGUAGGCUUGCCCUUUUAAGACAAGACUGGUGACUGUUAUUUAAGACAUUGUUUUGCAGAUAGCUAAUGACAGGUAGGACAAUUAUGUUGAUGUAUGUAGUGCAGAAUGUACAGGCGAUUGCAGCUUUCAAUGUCCAUUGGUUAUUUGUACAGAUAGGUGUGCACAGUAUAAUAAUAACUCGAGUGUUGCGGUUUGGCCCUGAUUUUAUGAGUAGAAAAAGGCCGAAAGGAGUUGGGCUGCGUUUGGGAUACCUUCUCGUCCCUGGAGGUUUUGACCCUUUUUUNNNUUUCUUCUCU